AAUUUUACAAAAACGGAACCAUUGGACUAAGGGAGACGGACUCAUUUCCCAGUACACCGCUGUGCUCCGCUUUGCUUGCAGCCGGUGUGAAACAAACCGAGACCAGUCAAACCCUGUCACAGUGAAUAGACCUUUGUCAAACAGGGAAAUGGCUCUGCGAGCUUGUGGUUUUAUAGUGUUUCGACGUCUAGCCAGCUGUAUUCCCCCACCAGACAACAUUGAGUACCUUCUCCUCCAGACCUCUUAUGGGGAACACCACUGGACCCCACCCAAAGGUCACGUGGACCCAGGAGAGGAUGACCUCACCACAGCCCUGAGAGAGACCAAGGAGGAGGCGGGGCUGGGGGCAGAGCACCUGCGGGUGAUCGACGGCUUUGUGCAGGAGCUGCACUACCAAGUGCGAGGCAGACCCAAGGAGGUGCUGUACUGGCUGGCCGAGCUGAGAGACCCAGGGACAGCGGUGACUUUGUCUGACGAGCACCAGGACUAUCGCUGGGCCCGGCUGGAGGAGGCCUGCGCUCUGGCCCAGUACAAAGACCUGCAGGACACACUCAUAGCAGCACAGAGACACUUACAGGAUCAGCAGGAAAAACAGUGAUGUGACAGGAUUCAGACUGUACAGAGAGAUUGAGAGAGAGAGAGAGAGAGAGGGGGACUCUACCUUAUACAGUGUGAAAGUACUGCUUUUAAUUCAUGUAAUGUACUUUCUGUUUGUCCCUCUCUAUGCAGUCUUAUAUGAAGACACAGUCGAUUUCCUUCUUUCAAAACAAAGGUGAGUAGAGAGGAAAUGAAUCAACAGUUGAAAACCAGAUAUUGAUAUUAUUUCAGCCACUGCACAAAAACAUGAUUAUCUGUGUCUCUGAAUCUUCUCAGUCAUGUGUAAUGUGAUUAAAUACAUAAAUGUUGCUGAUUUGAAUGUAAAUAAACAGAAAUACACAUGU